AUGGCCGAUAAAAAGGAAGAGGCCAAGCAGUCGUUGCUGCAAACCGCUAAAAGAUGGGGAGAAAACCCUGUGCCUCCAGCUCUUCUUGCUACUCUGGUGUUCGCGCAGCAUGCCAGGCCUUUCCAACCACUUCCAAUGAUCUUCCCGCCACUCCUCCUCUUCUCUACCUACCUCAAUCUUCAAGGCUAUAAGAUUGAUAGUGCAGGCACUACGGCUGCUCUGAGUGGAACAUACUUGGUUCUGGCUGGUAGAAGAAGAGUCGGCUUCAUGAACAAGUUUGGUGCCCGUGGAAUCAUUCGAGGCGCGACGAUGGGGCUUUGUCUCGCAAAUCUCAUUGGUGGCGGUCUUGCUUAUGGGUUCGGAAGACGAUCAAAAGAGGAUGAAGAGAGAAAUUUAUGA